GCUGGCUUCCUGCACUAAAGUAGUCGCUGCCAGCUCCGCGGUCGCCAGCUCGCUCGCUCUGGUGGUGCCAUGGCGGCCUUCAGCAAGUACUUGACGGCGCGGAACUCCUCGCUGGCGGGGGCCGCGCUGCUGGUGCUCUGCCUGCUCCACAAGCGGCGCCGCUAGCUAGGAUUACAUGUUAAGAAAAGUGGAAAACCACCAUUACAGAACAAUGAGAAAGAAGGAAGAAAAGAGCGAGCUGUGGUGGACAGGGUGUUUUUAUCAAGGCUCUCACAGAUUCUGAAAAUCAUGGUCCCUAGAACAUUUUGUAAAGAGACAGGAUAUUUGAUACUUAUUGCUGUUAUGCUGGUAUCUAGAACAUACUGUGAUGUUUGGAUGAUUCAAAAUGGGACACUCAUUGAAAGUGGUAUCAUUGGUCGUAGCAGUAAAGAUUUCAAGAAAUACUUAUUCAACUUCAUCGCUGCCAUGCCUCUUAUCUCUCUGGUUAAUAACUUCUUGAAGUAUGGGUUAAAUGAACUCAAACUAUGCUUCCGAGUAAGGCUCACUAAAUACCUCUAUGAGGAAUAUCUCAAAUCUUUCACAUACUAUAAAAUGGGAAAUUUGGACAACAGAAUAGCAAAUCCAGACCAGCUGCUCACACAAGAUGUAGAAAAAUUUUGUAAUAGUGUAGUUGAUCUUUAUUCAAAUCUUAGUAAGCCAUUUUUAGACAUAGUGUUGUAUAUUUUCAAGUUAACAAGUGCAAUUGGAGCUCAGGGCCCAGCAAGUAUGAUGGCCUACUUGCUUGUUUCUGGGCUAUUCCUAACUCGACUUAGAAGACCCAUUGGUAAGAUGACAAUAACUGAGCAAAAGUAUGAAGGUGAAUAUAGAUACGUUAAUUCCCGGCUCAUCACUAACAGUGAAGAAAUUGCCUUUUACAAUGGGAAUAAAAGAGAAAAGCAGACAAUCCACACAGUCUUUCGAAAACUGGUGGAGCAUCUACAUAAUUUCAUUUUCUUUCGAUUUUCUAUGGGCUUCAUUGAUAGCAUAAUUGCCAAAUACAUUGCCACUGUGGUCGGAUACCUAGUUGUCAGUCGUCCUUUCCUAGAUUUAUCUCAUCCUCGACAUCUUAAAAGUACACAUUCAGAGCUUCUGGAGGAUUACUACCAAAGUGGAAGAAUGCUUUUGCGAAUGUCUCAAGCUCUGGGUCGAAUAGUUUUGGCUGGACGUGAAAUGACUAGAUUGGCUGGUUUUACUGCUCGGAUUACAGAAUUAAUGCAGGUACUGACGGAUUUAAAUCAUGGCAAAUAUGAACGCACAAUGGUCUCACAGCAGGAGAAGGGUUCUGAAGGAGCACAGCUCAGUCCCUUGAUACCUGGUGCUGGAGAAAUCAUCAACCUCGAUAACAUUAUAAAGUUUGAUCAUGUUCUUUUAGCAACACCAAAUGGUGACGUCUUGAUCCGAGAUCUUAACUUUGAAGUUCGGUCUGGGGCCAAUGUUCUAAUUUGUGGUCCCAAUGGCUGUGGAAAGAGCUCACUCUUCCGUGUUCUUGGUGAAUUAUGGCCUCUCUUUGGAGGACGUCUUACUAAACCUGAGAGAGGAAAGUUAUUUUAUGUCCCUCAGAGACCUUACAUGACCCUUGGAACUCUGCGAGACCAAGUGAUAUAUCCAGAUGGAAGGGAAGAUCAGAAGAAGAAGGGGAUAUCUGACCAGGUGCUGAAGGAGUACUUGGACAAUGUGCAGUUGGGUCACAUCCUGGAACGGGAGGGCGGCUGGGACAGCGUCCAGGACUGGAUGGACGUACUCAGUGGGGGAGAAAAACAGAGAAUGGCCAUGGCAAGAUUAUUUUAUCAUAAGCCGCAGUUUGCCAUUUUGGAUGAGUGCACCAGUGCAGUGAGCGUGGAUGUAGAAGACUACAUCUACAGCCACUGUCGGAAGGUGGGCAUUACCCUGUUCACUGUGUCACAUAGAAAAUCUCUCUGGAAGCACCAUGAGUUCUACUUGCAUAUGGACGGCAGGGGCAAUUAUGAAUUCAAAAAGAUCACAGAAGAUACAGUCGAGUUUGGUUCUUAGAGAAAUCAGAAACCUGUACUUUUGUCAAUGAAAUGAAAAAUCAUUACAGAAUACAUAUAGAAAUAGUACAUUGUAAAAUAAAGCUAAGCUUGUUUUUUUAAAAAACAAAGCAACCAAUUAACUAGCUAUAGAAUAAUUGAGAACUUGUUGUUAAAACACUUAAUAUUAUAUUAGGAUAUUGCUAAUUGUGUAUAUGUUGGUUUAAUUAUUAAUAUGUACUAAGAAUGUCCUUAUUCUUGUGGUUAAAAACCUGCCUGAAUUAAAUUGGGCUUCAAUUGGUGUAACCUGAUUCAUCCUGGGAUGUAAACCAUCCAAAGUCAGCUAUUUGACUUUGUGGCUCAGUCUCUUCCUUCAGUGAAGAACCCUAUUUAACACUGGGGUCAUCACUUGUCCUGUUGUCACCAAACGUCUUGAGUUUUAUUUCCUUGUGCCCCAUGGUCGUGGGAAGCAGACCAAUCACAAUGUAUUAUUCAAAUGAAGAACAUCUCUGCAUCGCAGCUCUGAUUGCACUGUGGCAGAUCUCCCUGUCACACAGUUAUGCUCAUUCCUCAUACAUGCCUUGGGGCGCGUUUGACUCCAGGAGUGCCAUUUGGAUUCUCUUUAGCUCUGUGAUGAAUGUGCCCCCCAGUCUGUGGGAUUGAGUUGCUUUGAAGCUUUCUGGUGAUGUAACAGAAAUUUAUGUGCAGUCUUGCUUAUAAGGUGUGGUCACUACAAGUCACACCUCUUCUUCCCAAUGUUUGGGAUAUUACAGCACAGUCCUCGUGUCAAACUCAAGGUUUUAGGUAUUUUAGAGUUUUAAAAGAACCGGACAGAUGUGUUGGGGCCAUCCAUCAGCAGCAUGGUGUUUGCCUGUGCCAACUCCAGAGGAGCCCUCAGAAUGCACUACACAAAGCCAUGCCCUGGGAUGCGAAGCCACUGCACCGGCCACUGGGAUUGUAUGUUUAAAAAUGCAAAAAAAUAAUCAUGCAAACGGGUGAAUUAUGUUUCCUAGGUACUGCUCUAUGUCUGUGAAUUUUGAAUAAUUUUUUUUAUAUUUGGGAUUAUUAUAUUGAACUACCUUAAAUCAAUUUCAGCUCACCAAACUACCCUUAAUGACAUUACAUGUAUUAUUUGCUCAAGGAGAACUGAAACAAUGUAAUCAAUACAUUGUAUCAAACUAGGGGUCAGAAAGAAGGGGCAUUUUUAAAAACAUUCUUUCUGCAUAACUGGUUUGGGUUUUGCAGAGUUGACUUAGAAUCACUGGCUACUGAAGCAGACGCAACAUUCAGUUUUUACCACUUCUUUCUGGCAAACUUGUAUACUUACUUUUUUUCUGUUCAGAUUAAAAAAAAAUCAGAUACUCUACACAA